CUCUGGAGACUGUUUGAAGAAGAGUUUCUGGAAAAGUUCGACGCUGAAAAGUCACUUAACUAUUGGUAAGUAAGGCAAUCUCUAUGCUUACUGCCUAUAGUGACACCCAUAUUAGGUUUAGCUACAAUAAAUGACAAUGGUUUUACUAACCCUACCCCAAACACUAACCCUACUCCAAGUUUGUUUCCCAACCAAUCUUGAAGAAAAACGUUUUGACGAAAUGUCAUUCUGAGGUCCUGGUCACAUCAAUUCACAAUUAAUUGUCUUUCUUAUCAGUAAGACUUUACAAUUCUAGCCCUGUAAAAAUAUUGGUGACUUUCCUUAGACUGACUUCGUUUAUCUAUACAGUAUAAUGCUCUCUAAAUUAAAUUUCAACUGACGCUUUGAUUUCAGGAUUCGAUUAGUUUUGAUUCCUGCCACAGGGCCUGUAUAGGCUAGUAUAGUUUUAUUUUAGUUCCUUGUUAGGUAAGUCGGAUCACUUUGCGUCCGACGCAAAAACGAUACCGGAUAGGGCUUCUGUUUACAUAUGAAAUGUUGUUAUCGUCUCAUUUUCUGCAACGAACCGGUGGUGCGGCGGUUCGCUCUUCGAAGUGGUGCGCGGUGUAUCGGAUCGGUUUUUGCAACGCUCUCAUUGUAAUGUAAACACCAAUCGGAGCAAUUUCGGUUCAAUGCGUGACUCAAGAUGGAAUCUGGCAAACAACAACUUACUAUUCUAAUAAUAUAUAGAAGAAAUACGACGGCAUAGAUGGGCGGCACGGAAGCUGUUUACACUUGGGCCGUAACUUUUCGCGAAUGAAAUAAAAACUGAUCCGAUACAAUGUAAACAUAGCCUAAAUGUCUACAAGUUACAUUUGAAAUUUUGAUCUAUCUAUAUAAAUAUUUACCAACUGUAUAUUUUAUUAUGAUUUCAGGAUUCUUACCUUCAAAAUGUUGAGCUUGACAUUAGUUUUCCCUCUCCUAUUCUCUUCGGCAAUGGCCACUUCCUGUUCCAUGGCUAACUGGUGGAGCAGUUUUGACAAAAAAGGAUAUUCGACCUGCUCAUCACAGACCCAAUACAUCAACGGUUUGUAUAGGAACGACAGAAGAGAUGAUCAAAUUUACCUUCUUGAAGAAGUGAGAUGUUGUGGACGCACUCAACCAUACUAUAAUCAACCGACACAGUGCAUGGCUGCCGACUGGGUCACUAGUUUAGACAAGUAAGACUUAUACUUUAUUAUAGACCGAUUCGAAAGAUGGUUGUCAUUCUUUCAUUUCUCCCGAAAUUAAUUUCAACCGAGGUCCGAGGUAAUCACUGCCGCCUUCUAAAAUACAUCAAGCGGAAUAUCAGUUUUGCAAAAUAAAAAUACAAUAUCAUGUAAUGUAUUGUCUUUGAGAAAUUAAGGCUUAAAAGUACUGGAGUUGCUGCUUGAUCAAACUUCUACGGGCUCUGCCUUGUGUAUUGCAUAGAAUAUAAAAUAAUGUAAAAUAAAAUUGUGGUGGCAAGUUUUCGAAUCGGACAAUAGGACUACAGUGAAAACAAAUCCAUAAGAUAUACAGAUAAACUACUUUAACUGCUUACUUUCAUUUCCUUUUUUGCGGACUCCUAGUUCUGAAACUUAACCAAACUAAACUGACCAAAGGCAGUGUUAUAGACGAGACAAUUGCUGUUUGCUUCAAUUCUUUGUAAUUUAUGCAGGCCUGCCAAGGCGUGGUGCAUAAAAUGAGGGAGAUUACAAUAUUUCUGCGUUGACGUAAGCUGACAAUAAACAUGAGCUCAACAAAUCUCGCGGGGACUAAGGGAUUGCCGUGAGCACUUCGUUUAAGAGAGCCUUAAAACGAAUACUGCAUUCAGAGCACUCUUGCUCAGCUGCAUGUGCAUAGAUAAUUUGUUAGUUUUUUCUGGUAGCACUCCCAACACUACUGUGUGCAAGUAAAACACAAGGAAUGCGGGAGAUUUCUUCAAAUUGUCUUCAUGUGGGAGGUAGAUGAUUAAUGACUCCAAAUGCGGGAGACUUGGAAGAUCUGUUUAUGUUACAUGUAGUUCAUGUGUCGCUUAUGUAUCCAGCAUGGUGAAGACAACUGAAAUUUUAACAAAAUUUUAGCAACAAUCGUUGGAGCACCUGUUCUUCGGGCCAUUUUCUACAAGGCUUGUAUCGAAGUGAUGGUAAUAACCUACACAACAUUGAGUACGGGAAAUGCUGCAAACCAGCCAACCAUCCUUAUUGGUGGGGCGACUGUUAUGAUCAAGAUAUUAGGCUUUCCUUCGACAAUAAGGGAACGAGUAAAUGCAACGACGGAUAUUACAUGACUGGCUUGUAUAGAGGGGGCUGUGAUGGAUUGAGAUGUAUUGAGAAAAUCAAAUGUUGUAAAAUGUACCCAAGUGAGUCCCGUUACUAUACUUAAUUAAUGACGUCUUCACUUUUGAAAUUUACUUUAUGAUCAGUUGAUAGUGAAGUUUUUAGUCAGUUUAGGUAGUUAGUUGCAGUGGAAAUUCCGUAUAACGGACAUCUUUGAACAGAAGAUUGCUGCCGAAAUUUAAACGGUUUGCCUGGAAAGGUUGUCUUCUUUCUCUAGACGGAACUUUCCAUCCGACCAACUGUAUAACUCAUUUACACCUUACCCGAGGUGUCCGCUUCACAGAGUGUGGAAUAUAAGGUUGCACUGCAAGGUGGAACCAGGAGCGCCCUGGGUGGAACCCUGUUAAUACAGUGAAGUAGUUAUAUAUAGUUUAUGGUAAGUUAUAGGUACGGAGAAACCUCGACAUAAGGCUAGCUACCUCGUUAGCACAGUCGCUUAUGUACUAUAAGCUGUGCCUUUAGAUUUUAUUUUCGAGAAGGUAGCCGAUAUUUGAUAUUAACCAUACGAGGUAGGUAUAUGUGAGUCUUUGGACCACCAAGUAAACCAAAACUAGUAAAGAGAAUGGUUACUGAAAUCAAUCUCCAGUUGGUGUACGUACAACUGCUGCCCUAAAAGCUUUCGAAUUUGGCUAAACAGUUUUUUGCCUAAUUUUCGAACAAACUAUUUUUGGAAUUGAUAAUGACCAUUUACUCCAUGUUUAGGUUAUAACUAGCUCUAUUCCUUCCACAUAGUUUUGAAGUUGAUCUGUAUAACUGUAUAUAUCUUGCCGGCGGAUCGAGGCUUCGUCGCUCCUCAUGGCCCCUAGCUCACUUGUGCAGCUGUGGGCAAAGCUAUAUAGACCCCCAUGCCAGAUCAGUUUUGAUCUUAGUGAGCCAGCUAGUAUAAUUUAAAUCGUGGCAUAACAAAACUCUCAUAUUUUUAACUGUUCAAAACCUUAGGCCCGCCAGUUCUGACAACUCUAUCUGAUGUGAAAACAAGGGUAAUGGACUUGACCAUGGGUGAUCUCGCUUACUUGGCACACUACCUCGGGUAUGGUUGGUGUGCAGGAUGCCGUGCUCAGUGGGUCGGUGAAGAUUUCAGACGCAGUGGAGAUAGUUGGCAUGCCGAUAAAAGACCCGGAUCGUGUAGGGGUUACAAGUCGGACCAACGGCUCAAACUCAAUUAUGGCGAUUUCAAGUUUAGCGUCAAAGACAUCAAAUACGGAGAUCCUGUUAUUCAGGUUUGAUAUUAGAUAUAUUAAUAUCUUACUGGGUUGAUUUUAUGCCGUUCUCUUUUAACAAAAAAAUAGUCUUACGUUGUGCUCUAGGAAAAUUAGGAGAUAUUGUUGUAACAUAGAAUAUAACCAACAUGCAAUCUGUGACAAUGAACAUUCUGACAGACUUGUCGACUUCAUUCCAACCACAUCAUGAUCAGAAUGGCAAUAGUCAAACAAGUACGCGAUAGCCAUACUAGGCCAUACUAAGCAAUAACCAGGUGAUAAUGUCUUGUAGCCUAGUGAAGCAAUGUACUCAAACCCACAUUUACCCACUAACAUCAUCCAGCC